AUGCCCCUCGCCCUCCUCCUCUGCCUGCUGGGCCUCUGUGGCCACUCGGUAGCCUUCAGGCGCGCCGACUUCACCCUACCGCCUGGCUUCACCAUUGCGCCAUACAUAGUUGGCCCCAUCCCCAACGCACGGUCGCUCGUCCGCAGCGGCGCCAGCACCCGAAACAAGUCGAUCACCUAUGUAGCAGCAAAGGGCUGGGACCCACAAGAUAUCACCGCACUGGUGGACCUUACCGGCGAUGGCAAGGCCGACUAUGCCUGGCCCAUCGUCAAGGCGCUCUCUCCCAUGCCCAACGGCAUCGCCUGGAGCAGAGGGUCGCUCUUCAUCGCCUCGCAGGACCCAGAUGUGUCCUGCAAGCUGUACCGCCUGGACGACGUGGACAGCUACGCGCUGACCAAGCGCACGGCCCGCCUGGCAGACCUGAAGCUGGUGCUCAGCAGCUGCCCGCCCACCGGCACGCACGGCUGGAAGUUUAUCCGCUUUGGGCCCGACGGCAAGCUGUACCUGCCCAUCGGCGCCCCCUGCAACAACUGCCUGCUGGGGAGCUACAGGCAGGCGGCUGGCAGGCCGCUGUGGCGGUACGGCGCCAUCUACAGCCUCAACCGGGACGGCACCAACCUCACCCUCGUGGCCAGAGAUCUUGGGCAGAUGCACCAGCACGCGCUCGUGCUGCACUGCGCCGCAGGCGUGCGCAACACCGUGGGGUUCGACUUCCACCCCACCACCGGGCGGCUGUACUUCACGGACAACGGGCGGGAUGGGCUGGGAGACAACAUGCCCGACUGCGAGCUGAAUGUGGUGACCAAGCCGGGCCAACACUUUGGGUUCCCCUUCUGCCACACCAGCCCGGUGGGCGGGGCAGACAACCGGCCAUACCUGCGCCUCAGAGGGGUGGGGCCCUCCUUAGUGGAUCCAGAUGAGAAUGCCGGGCAGACAGACAUGAGGUGCAACGGCCCCGACCUCAAGUUUUCCCGUGCCAUCCAAGCCUUGGGGCCCCACACUGCCCCGCUGGGCAUGCGCUUCUACCGCUGGUCUGCGGGCGCCAACUUUCCCCGGAGCUACGACAAGUCCAUCUUUAUCGCCCAGCACGGCAGCUGGAACCGCAGGCAGCCCAUCGGCGCCAGGGUGAUGCGGGUGGUGCUCAACAGUACCCACCCCACCCGGGUGCUCAAAUACCUCCCUUUCCUGACUGGCGGCAUCUCGGGAGACAAGGGGGCACCCACCGGUCCCGACCCGCCACCCACCGGCGGCUAUAUCAGCCGGCCGGUGGAUGUGGAGCAGCUGGCGGACGGCAGCCUGCUGGUGUCGGAUGAUGGGGAGGGAGCGGUAUACCGCAUAAGCUACACCCCUCCUGCAUGA